UACAAUGUCAAUGAUCUAUCUAAACAUGACUUAUGAACAUCAUUAAGACAUUACGCUCCAACUAAUAGCUAUUCAAAUUAGACUUUUCUCCCUCACUUCCCAUCCUAUUAUUUUAACUAUAAAUAUCUCAAUCCAUCCACCAAUUCUACAAACCUCAUCUCAUCUCCAUUUCCUCUACUCACCUCCCAUAACCACCCUAUCCAAAUCCGAUCCAUGACGUCUCUCAACCCAAUCUUCGCGGUAGUCCUCAUCCUCGCAUGUGCCUCGAACAUCCUAGUUCGAGCUCAAAACUGCGGCUGCGACACGAGUUUAUGUUGCAGCAAAUGGGGCUACUGCGGCUCCACAGAUGAUUACUGUGGUGAUGGGUGCAAAGAAGGUCCUUGCAAAACUCCCGUGACACCUACUCCUACCAUGCCGAGUGGUGUUUCGGUCCCUGAUGUAGUCACUGAUGCUUUCUUUAAUGGGAUAAUUGACCAAUCUGAUGCUAGUUGUGCUGGUAGGAAUUUCUAUACCAGGUCUGUUUUUUUGGAUGCUCUUAGCAGCUAUCCUCAGUUUGGUACUGUUGGAACUUCUGAUGAUUCUAAACGUGAAAUCGCCGCAUUUUUUGCUCAUGUCACCCAUGAAACUGGACAUUUUUGCUACAUAGAGGAAAUUGAUAAAUCAGGCGACUACUGUGACGAAAACAACACACAAUGGCCAUGUAACCCCAACAAGGAAUACUACGGAAGAGGACCAAUUCAGCUGUCAUGGAACUUCAACUAUGGACCUGCAGGACAAAGUAUUGGAUUCGACGGUUUAAAUGCACCGGAAACUGUGGCCAAUGAUCCCCUUAUCGCCUUCAAGACAGCCUUCUGGUAUUGGAUGGACAAUGUACACUCUAAGAUCAUCUCCGGCCAAGGGUUCGGAUCAACCAUUAGGGCUAUCAAUAGCAUUGAAUGUAAUGGUGGUAACACCCCUGCUGUUAAUGCUCGUAUUAAGUAUUUUACUGAGUAUUGUAGUCAGCUUGGUGUUGCUACUGGGGAUAACCUUUCUUGCUAGGUGCAUAGAAUUAUAUCACUAAUUUAGUUUUCCAUUUUGAUAUACUAUUUGCCUUUUACUAGCUAAUUCAAGCAAAAUAACAUGUAUACUUACUUUGUCAACGAAAUUAAUAAGAAAUAUAGUUUGUGUCCGUGCAAGCAGAAAAAAGAAAAAAACAUAUAGGGCUUGUUUGGUAAA